AUGGAGUUAGGGAGGAAAAUGGUUAAAUAUUGUGGGGGCCUUCCUUUAGCUGUGGUUGUUCUUGGAGGACUUUUGGCGACGAAAGAGACCUUGAGUGAGUGGGACAUGGUACACAAAAAUGUUAAGUCACAUCUAAGCAGAGGCAAAAGCACCGAACAUGGUGGGCGAGUGGUAGACAUAUUAGCUUUAAGUUAUGAUGACUUACCAUAUCAGUUGAAACCAUGUUUUCUUUAUUUGGGCAACUUCAAGGAAGAUUCUGAAAUAGAAGUAGAGAGAUUAUAUCAAUUGUGGAUAGCUGAAGGUAUGGUGCCAUCAGAUGAUAGAUUAGAAGAGGAAACAAUGAUGGAUGUAGCUGAACGUUACUUGGGUGAAUUAGCACAUAGGUGUAUGGUUCGAGUGCAAUUAGAGGAGGAGUCAACCAUUAGAAAGUUUAUAUCUUGUCGCCUUCAUGAUCUAAUGAGAGAGCUAUGCUUGUCCAAGGGAAAAGAGGAUAAUUUCCUCAAGUUCAUUGAUUAUCAGCAUGGAGAUGAUGAUGAGCAAGUGGAAUCCUAUGCUUCAACCAAUAAUACUCGUAGACUUGUCAUUUAUUUGGGUGAGGAGGAUGUAAGUCAAUAUGUUCCCCCAAAAAAGGAAACAGUCCGGCACCUCCGAUCACUUUUGGUCUUUGUAUCAGAUGAGUACGAGGGACGUAUGUCACGGAUGAUGAAAUCUCAAUUUAACAAUUUCAAGAUGCUCAGAGUUUUAGCUAUUGAAGGAUUAUCAUCAAAUCUUACAGACACAUAUACUAUUGAGGCUCUUGGUGUGAUAAUUGAUCAUUGGAAGUUAUCAAAAGGAAUAGGUAAUCUAAUCCAUUUGCGGUACCUGAGUUUGAGAGGGUCUGCGUGCGUUAAUUUCCCAUCAUCUAUAGGCAACUUAAAAAACUUGCAAACCCUUGAUUUAAGGAUUGAUAUCCUAUUUUUAUGGAAUGUAAAUGUGCUAAGAAAGAUGGGAAGACUAAGACAUCUAUAUCUUCCACAUUUUUAUGACAUUGAUCAUAUGUUUGUAGUAGAAAAAGUACGGUUGGAUGACUUGAGCAAACUGGAGAUACUCGAAAACUUCGAUGCAGCUUAUUGUGUGGUUAAAGAUCUUUUCAAAUUAAUCAAUCUUCGAGAAUUAACAGCACGUGUGGAGAAACUUGAGGACCUGCGAGCAAUCAUGAAGCAUGUAGGAAACAUCGCUCCGAACCACCUCCGGAACUUAUCCCUCCGUAUUCAAUGCAGAUUUUGUUCUGAAGAUGAGUUAACUCUCCUAACCCAAUUGUUAGGAUGUCCUCUACUUCAGAAGUUGGAAAUAGGNAUGAAGCAUGUAGGAAACAUCGCUCCGAACCACCUCCGGAACUUAUCCCUCCGUAUUGAAUGCAGAUUUUGUUCUGAAGAUGAGUUAACUCUCCUAACCCAAUUGUUAGGAUGUCCUCUACUUCAGAAGUUGGAAAUAGGUGGGCUUAUAGGUAAGUUACCUGAGCACACCCAUUUUUCUUCAAGCCUUACCCAAUUGUCUUUGUAUGGAUCUGAACUUGAAAAAGACCCUAUGGCAACGUUGGAAAAGCUUCCUAAUUUACACAAAGUCGACUUGGGGAUCGACGUCUUUAUUGGGGAGGAAAUUGUUUGCUCUGCUAUGGGCUUUCCACAACUCAAAAAUCUAGAAUUGUGGCUAUUUCCGAAUUUACAAAAGUGGAGGGUGGAUAAAGGAGCCAUGCCCAAUCUUUCUACUUUGGAAAUCCGUUCUUGCAAAAAAUUGCAGAGGGUUCCGGAGGGAUUGAAGUUCGUCACUACUCUUCAAGAGUUGGUAAUUGGUGAUAUGCCUAAUGAAUUCAACGAAAGGAUUCGAAUUGUAGACGGGCAAGAAGGAGAAGAUUUUGACAGAGUCCGACACAUCCCUUCCAUCNAUGAAUUCAACGAAAGGAUUCGAAUUGUAGACGGGCAAGAAGGAGAAGAUUUUGACAGAGUAACGCCAUCCUUGGUGCUGGAAACUUUUCUUGCGCUCCAUGAGAAGAUGAAUUAA